AAGGCGGAGUUCAUUGUACCUUUUUCUCACCCCCCUCUUUGCAUUUUUGAGGGUCUAAGGGGUCAAGUUGAAUCUAUGGUGGCGACUUGGAAUGUUACUUUUCACUGUAACGUUACCAUAAAUACGGCGUAAACUACUGACGUUGAAACCUAGAGUAAGGGCCUCUUGCAUCCCACACGCAACUCAGCUAAAACAGACGAAAAUGGUAUCAUUGGAAAGAGCUCGAAAAACUCUAUCUAGUGAUAUCAGUUUUACCAGCGCGGUAGCCUGUGCGUGGCCGCGCAGGGUACCCAGAGAGGGCGCAAGCAGCGCCCUCAGCACUGAAAAUUCCUCACACACACACGUGACCCGCACGGAUCAUACUCCAGCCUCGACCAGCUACCCUACCAGCCACAACGCCGAAAAGCCACUCCCAUUCGACCGACCCAAUACCCGGGCGGCUUGCCCUAACCCUAGGAAGCCUGUACGGCACGGGUGCCAGUUGUUACAGCUUCAUAAUGCAGCUAAUAAUUCAGUCUGUCGGAUUGAAUUAUUUGUACCCUUUUCUAAGAAUAUGGCGCAACGCUAUAGCUGCACGUUGUAUGCUAUUACAAAGCUUACUUUGUGUGACGGGCACCACCCAAAGUCUGGUCAGCUCGCACAUACAAGAUCGAUAUUGCUACAACGAGAGCAAGAGCUAGAUGACAGGAAUGGGCGUGCAACCAGACCUUAAGUACUGGAGCAGAGGCCUAUGCGUAAGCAUAACCAGAGACGUAUGAUCAGACCCCAUGACGUAUGCAUAACCGCAAGCAUAUGACAUAACUAUGAGAACAGGAACGGUGAAUCUUGUGACAGAGCUAGUGCUAUCCUGGAAAGAAGCAGGAAGCUCUAGCUCUUAUUAAAGAGCUAUAAUAAGCUGCAGCAGCUCUACAAAGUCCUUUGAAACUGGAUAUCAUCCCUCUCAUUAAAAAAUGGC